AUGCACCUAGAUCUCAUACACAAGUCCUUCAUCUUAGUGUGGCUCAUAUAUAUACGAGCCGCGUUGGCUGACCAAUUCACAUAUAAAGCUUGCUAUUCAGCUAGUGAUAUACGAAAAUUGGGGUUGACUUACAAGGGUGUUUACGAGUAUCAAUCAGUUUCCUACUGUCAAAAUGAAUGCCCUGGUCAGGCUGUCGUUGCUCUUUUCAACGGUACAGGUUGCUACUGUGGUGGUUCCGUAGCUCAGUUACAGUCUUUGACGCAGGUAGAUUCGAGCAAAUGUGAUGUUUCGUGUGCUGGCUGGCCCUACCAAAAUUGUGGUGGUUCUUCUGCCAUGAACGUUUAUAUCAAUAACGCUGCUUCUACCGCGGACUCAACUUCAUCUACUGCUACCUCAACAUCGACAACAUCUUCAUCAAGCACAAGUGUUAGUUCAAAAACGUCCACGAAAUUGGACACGAAAACUUCAACUAGUUCUUCUGCUACGCACUCAUCCUCUUCCUCGUCUACAACCUCCACUACCACUUCCUCUUCAGAGACAACUACUUCCUCCUCUUCUUCAUCCUCUUCCUCUUCUACGUCUACUACUUCUACUACUUCUACUACCUCUAGUACUACUUCUACUUCUUCUUCUCCUUCCACCACUUCCUCUAGCACUUCUGCCUCUUCCAGUUCAGAAACGUCCUCUACGCAGGCAACUUCUUCAUCCACCACAUCGACCUCAUCCUCAACUUCGACAGCAACGGUCACUUCUACCCCCUCAUCGACUUCAAUAGGUACUUCCACGCAUUACACUACCCGUGUGGUGACGCAGUCCGUGGUUUCUCAAGCUAACCAACAAGCAAGCACGAUCUUUACCACCAGGACCUCUGUUUAUGCAACAGUAUCGUCUACGUCCUCCUCUACUAGUUCUCUCUUAAACGGGAAAUCGAGCUCGUCCAAGAGCAAAGGCUUGAGUGGUGGCGCCAUCGCAGGUGUCGUAGUAGGUGUGGUUUGUGGUACAGUUGCCUUGUUGGCUCUGGCGUUAUUCUUUUUCGUAUGGAAAAAACGUCGCCAAUCUUCUCAGCAUGUGGACUUGGAAGAGACAAAGCAGUACCAGCCGUACUCACUGGGUGAUGCUGACGCUAACCCUGUUAUUCCACCGUCUGCUUCGAGCACUAACUGGCACAUACCCUCUAGGAAUAAUACAGCAUUGUCCAAGAAUACAGCGUCUACUUUUGCCACUUAUGAUCUGCCGACAAGGGCGCCGGGCGGCAGAGAUUCUAUUAUUACUGGUGAUGCACAUAAUAUCAGCAAAAGAAGUCACUUUCCCUCGGUAGUGUACGAGGAGCCUCCUUCGAUCUAUAACGGGAACCAAAGGUUCAGUGCUACUUCGCUGCCCGAUAUGAUGGAAGAAAGACAACUACACAUUGUCAACCCCGAUAAUGUGAGUUCAAAUAUUGGGAGUAAUGUCUCAGAUGGUGAUGAUGAUUACGAUGAUGCAAAGGAUUCCAAUAAUAGUUCUUUGCGCUGA